CCUCCUGGCCUGUUCAUGCAGGGCACCACCGUCCAUGCGGUCGACCCGCCUACCUGCCCUCCGGCCAAGGCGUCAGCGGUGGCAGUGGAAACCUCGGACUGCGGCGGGCCUCGGUGCCAGCCACCGGCUCCGCACGUUCCGGUCCCGGUGUUCCCGUAUGACGUCGACCCGAUGCAGUUCGCGCUGAACCUGGAGUACACCGAGGCUGAGUUCUUCCUCCAUGGAGCGUUCGGUGUAGGGCUCGACCAGAUCGCGCCCAACCUGACGUUGGGAGGGCCGCCUCCGAUGGGCGCCAUGAAAGCCAACCUCGACGAGGUGACAUGGCGCAUCGUCGCGGAGUUUGGCCUUCAAGAAGUCGGCCACAUCAGGGCUAUCCAGAACACAGUUGGUGGGUUCCCUAGGCCAAAGAUAGACCUGAGCGCCAGCAACUUUGCAAGGGUGAUGGACCAAGCAUUUGGUUACCAUUUGGACCCUCCUUUCGACCCCUACAUCGACAGCCCCAACUUCCUGCUGGCGUGCUACGUGAUCCCCUACCUGGGCAUCAACGGCUACACCGGCACCAACCCCAUCAUCGACGGCUACGAGACUAAACACCUUCUUGCAGGGUUGCUAGGCGUGGAGGCGGGGCAGGACGCGGUCUUCCGCGCGCUGCUCUUCGAGCGCAAGAGCGAGACGGUGCCGCCCUACAAGGGGAUCACGGUGGCAGAGUUCACCGACCGCAUCUCCGCGGCGAGAAACCAGCUGGGGAAAUGCGGGGUGAAGGACGAGGGGCUCACCGUGCCGCCCGAGCUUGGCGCAGAGGGCAGGAUCUGCACCAACGUGCUCUCCGCCGACAGGGACUCGCUCUCCUACGCCCGCACGCCGGAGGAGCUGCUCAGCAUCCUGUACCUCACCGGCGACGAGCACGUGCCCGGUGGCUUCUUCCCGGAGGGCGCGAACGGGAAGAUAGCACGGGAGUUUCUUCGCAAGCCGUUUGCAGCUGGGGAUAACAAGGCGCCAGCAAAUUAAGUAGGCCCGCAUGAGUGAUUGCAGCGUCAAUCAUCGGCCUGAAUGAAUAAUAAUGUAAAUAGUGUGUGGAUGGCAUGCUCGAUGGAAUAAGAUGGACAAUGUUUGCGCG